AUGGAGUGGACAACGCGGAAUCUCAGGCCCUCGAUAGACAUCGUCAGCCUCACCAGCAGCAAGAUGGUGUUCAUAUUGCUCAACGCGGACGUCGCGACGGCGAACGCGAUGCGGCGGAUCAUGCUCAGCGAAAUACCGACGCUCGCCAUUGAGGUGGUGACGAUACUGGAGAACACGUCGGUGUUGCACGACGAGUACCUCGCCCACCGACUCGGCCUGCUGCCCAUCGACUCCAGGAACGCUCGCAGCUUCGAGUACAGAGACAAGUGCAACUGCAGCGACAAAUGCUCCCGGUGCACUGUGGAGUACUCGCUGGACGUCAAGUGCCAGGGCGAGUCGCGGGUCGUCACGCACUACGACAUCAAGCUGGACAGCUGGGACAACGCGCGUGGCGCCGCAGCGGCGCCCAUGCCCGUACCUAGGCCCAGCGUGGACACGUUGGCCGGCACAUACGGCAACACCUCGUACGCAGCGAUGGACGGGUCGAUGGAAAACAAUGCCAAUGCCUCAGCGCACUGGAUGGAGGCGCCCACCGAGAGCGCGCAGUCGGCCGUCGGCGGGGCGGCGUCCUCCGGAGCAGCGUACCACGGCAGCGCGUACGACCAGCCACGCACCAAGGAUUUCGAGGAUGCAGCCGCGCCCACAGGGGGAAUACCCAUAGUCAAACUCAAGCGCGGCCAGGCGAUCAGCAUGAAGAUGACGGCGACCAAGGGGAUGGGCAAGUUCCACGCUAAGUGGAUGGUCGCCAACGUCGCGUACAAAAUGGAACCGAUCAUCACCAUCAACAAGCAUGAGGCGGAGAAGCUCACGCUGGAGGACAAGACGCUCAUCGUGAACAGCUGCCCGCGCAAGGUGUUCAAGCUCAGCAGCCCGAAGAGCAUGUUCUCGAGCACCACCAAGUCCGAGCUGGUUGUCGAGAACCUCCUCGACUGCAUCUACUGCGAUGAGUGCCUCAAUCAGGCCCGCGAAAUGGGCGUGAGGGACCUGAUACGCAUCCAGCCCGACGAGACCAAGUUCCACUUCACCGUGGAAUCCAACGGCGCCAUACAGCCGGAAAAAAUUCUGGAGAUCUGCCUGAUCACGCUGGAGGAAAAGCUGGCGGGGCUGCAGCAGCACUUUUUGGAGGCGCAGGCGCGCAGCCUUGGCACGAAGUCGCAGUCGACGGGCAGGCCGGGGGCGCCGCAGCCGAGGGGGAUCGACCUCGACUGA